AUGAACUUCGAGCCUCUCUCGAUUCUGACUGGCCUCACAGAAAAUAAUACUAUUAAAUUCGUUUUAGAUUAUAUUCAAUUCCUAAUGGACGCCUCAGCAUUGCUUCUUCUUAAACAACUGCGCGAAUUAAAUCGUCAUCCUGUUGAAGGUAUUAGUGCUGGAUUGAUCGAUGAGUCCAAUCCAUAUGCAUGGAACGUUAUCCUCGUCGGACCAACUGAUACACUUUAUGAAGGAGGAUUUUUCAAAGCACGUCUGGAUUUUCCCAAAGACUAUCCAAUCAAACCGCCAAAAAUGAAAUUUGUUUCGGAAAUCUGGCAUCCGAAUAUCGAAAAAAAUGGCGAUGUAUGCAUAUCGAUCCUCCACGAACCUGGCGUUGAUCAGUUUGGAUAUGAGAAAGCUUCAGAACGUUGGUCACCUGUUCAAUCAGUUGAAACAAUCCUUUUAUCAGUUCUCUCAAUGUUAAGCGAUCCUAACUGUGAUUCAGCAGCGAAUAUAGAUGCAUCAGUCAUGUGGCGAGACGAUCGACCAGCUUUUAAGAAAAAAGUUAGCGAGUGUGUCAGAAAAACUCUCGAAGACAUGUGA